AUGUCAGUUCUCAGUGUCGUCAGUUCUCAGUGUCGUCAGUUCUGGUUACACACUGGAAGCAUGGCCUCUUCCAGCAAAGCUUCAAUCUUGCUCGAAAGCGAUACUGUCAACUCAAUGGACCCGCCCAAUACCCCAUUUAUCACCCCCGCCAACAGCUGGGGCAUUCAAGCGGAUAGAUCUUCAGCACCUCCAACCAGUUAUUUGGAGGCAGCUAGGCUCGGCGAGUGGGAUAUCCUGAUAAGGAUUCUUCUGGGGCAGGACAACAAAGCGAUUCGAAAGUUAUACGCAACUGAGGUGCUCCCUGAGGCGUGCCAUGCUGGGAACGAGGGAUCCGUCGAGAUGCUCCUUAAACUCCAUGCAGAUGUCAAUGCUCCACCAGCAAAGUGCAGCAGGAAAAUCGAAGACAAGAUAACCGAGGUGUACGAACAGGACGAAUGUGGGAAAGCCGCAGCGUGUAGGCGGAUAGCAUGCGGACGAACAGCGCUACAAGCAGCAGCAGAAGGCGGCCAUGCCCGGAUACUUUCAUUCCUGAUAGAGAGAGGCGCACAUAUAAAUGCGCCCCCGCAAGGCCAGUCAGGAAGAACAGCGUUACAGGCGGCGGCUGGGAACGGGCAUACUGAGAUAGUUUCGAGGUUAUUGGAAAAAGGCGCCAAUGUGAACGACCCGCCAGCAAAUCAUCGUGGGAGAACAGCCUUACAGGCGGCUGCAGAGAGCGGAAAUGUAGAACUGGUUUCUAUGAUUUUGAGGGCCGGCGGAAAAGUGAAUGCUCACCCGUCUAUUCUUCAUGGAAGAACAGCAUUGCAAGCGGCAGCGGACGGCGGGCACUUAAAGAUUGUAUUAAUGCUACUGGAAGCUAAAGCUGAUGUUAACGCCCUACCAGCAAGGAACACAUUUGGGCGAACUGCAUUACAGGCUGCAGCGGGAAAUGGGCACGCCGAGAUAGUCUCGGUAUUGUUGAAAUCAGGUGCUAAAGUCAACUCCCCCGCAGUUGGUUAUCAUGGAAGAACAGCGUUACAGGCAGCGGCCGAAGGUGGACACUUGAAAGUAGUAUCGAUGUUGUUGAAGGCCGGUGCAAAUAUCAAUGAUCCCCCCUCGAGAUCAUACGGAAGAACGGCUUUACAAGCAGCAGCUGCAAACGGCAAUGCUGAAAUACUCCUUUUAUUGAUAAAAUCCGGUGCACUUCUGAAUGCCCCCCCAUCGGAAAGCCGCGGCAGAACAGUAAUACAGGCGGCGGCAGAAAAUGGUCACGCACAUAUCAUAUCGAUGUUCGGUGGUAUGGAUAUCGUUAACGCACCACCAUCGGAAUACGAUGGUAUGACAGCUUUGCAAGCUGCAGCCAGAAGGGGUCAUGAUGAAAUAGUUUCAACUCUCUUGGAAGCUGGUGCUAAAGUUAAUGCCGCUCCAUCAGAUAACUAUGGAAGAACUGCAUUACAGGCAGCUGCCGAAAAUGGGUACUCUAAAACAGUUUCGAUUUUGUUAAAGGCUGGUGCCGACGUCAACUCCGCCCCAGCAAAAUUUCACGGACGAACCGCGUUGCAAGCUGCUGCAGAAGGCGGAUAUGUUGAAAUAGUCAAACAGCUACUUUCUACAAUGUCAGGUCGUAACCUUUAUUCACAAGCGCUAUCAUUUGGGAAAAAGCCACUAUGGAUAGCAGCUAGAAAAGGUCGUCACGAAGUAGUAGAGAUUUUAUUAAAGCACGGCUUUGAUUAUAAUGAGGAGGUGUCUGGUAAGGUGGCAAUCCGAGCGGCGGCGGAGGCUGGGUACGUAGAUGUUGUAGAGCUUAUCCUGAGUGCCGGUUAUGAUGUUAGAUCCAAAGACUCAGAAGGCGGUACUUGUUUGCAUUGGAACCUUCGUCAUCCUGACGUUGUACGAGUAUUAUUGAGGCACGGUGCGGACGUCCAUGCUCAAGACUUUGAUGGGGAUACCCCGCUGCACUGUGCUGUGAGAUUUCAAAAUGUGGAAUCCAUAGUUUUGCUACUCGAAAAUGGGGCAAAUACUGAACCUCGAAAUUACGAGUACCAGACUCCGUUGGACUUGAUUCUUCAAGACUCGGAAAAGCCAUCGAUAAAAUUAGCAAUGCCGCUAUUCGAUAAGGGCUGCAGUAUCAAGGGUCGUACUGUGAAUAACUGGCGAAGGCUUCUGGAUUUGAGCGAGAAUGAUAGUAUCUUAAUAAGUGAAUGUCAUUCUGACAACAAGCGGUGUUAUGAUAUCGAUUUUGUCACCGACUAUUCGCUCGAGCUACCAACUCGUGGCUCAAAAGUUGAAAGAAGAUUAUAUUCCGCUACUGAUACAAGUUCAACCGUUGGAGCUGGGCUGGGACUCACCCAGUCGGGUUCUCUCGUUGAUCGUUUCAAGUUUUUCCCAAGUGUCGAAAUGCUUGGGAUUAAGAGAAUGCCUGGGACAAAUUCCACGAUGAUAAAAUGGAGUUGGUCUUGGAUAUUUCCAAAUUCAGAGAGAAACCAAUCUGGGGUAAACCUUCCCGGAGUAGGGAAGCUAUUCUCUGCAGUUGAUAGACAAGUGAUUGUGACCUGCCACGUUUGCUUUGAGGUUUUGGUUCAUAUUCCAGACACUGAAAACGAAAAGGCUUCUGGUCCAAAUGCCCUUAGAGUAGGGAAGUCGUUCCAGACAACAACCAGAGGGAGCGAGAUUUCCUGGACGAUGCUGAAGCCUGAGACUGUACCUGAUGCAGAUUGUCCUGUUGAAACGAAGGCUAGCCCUAUAUUUCAGACAAUCGACUACCGGAGCACCAUAGAUAUUGGUUGGAUCCCUGACCACGGGGUGGACUUCUUCAUCUUGUUUUUUGUUGAUUUGCACGAUAAGUGGAGACAUAUAUUUGAGCAGGCAGAGCUACAUCUAUCAAACAGUCGUAAAACCCUACUGCUAAACAAGGGCAGAACCGAAGAUUUCAUCGAUAAUCUUUUGAUUGAUGCUCAGCAGUGGAGCAACUUUAGAGCUCUGCUGCAACUCCAUGUGCGGACCGCUAGAAAUCUAUUGCAAGACUUUCGAGAAAAAAGGUUUCUAUGUGACGAAGUGAGGGAAUCCGAGCUGUUGAAAGUACAAAGAGGCGAAAUCGUACCAGCAGAAAGCGGGUUCUCUGGGCCAUUGAGGAAUAGUGGCGCUGGUCCUAGGAAUGGCGUUACAAGUAAUCAGGCGAGAGUAAAUGAUGAAGAGAAGGUGUAUGCGCUGGACGAGUUAGCAAGAAUCAUCGAUAGGAUGGAGACUGAGGUGUCAGAGGAGAUUACGAAGCUUGAUCGAAAAACAAGUGAGCUGAUAGAACUUGAGUUCAAUCUAGUCUCUAUAUACGAGGCUCGAACAUCAAAACUAAUGGGUAUGAGUAUGAAACGACUGAGCUGGAUUACGUUUAUCUUCCUCCCACUAAUGUUUGUCGCGUCACUAUUCGGGAUGAACGUCAACAUCCUCGAAAACAACCCACAGUGGUGGUGGGCCUUUGUGAUUGGCGGCUCCCUCUUCGUCUUCGUCAUCUUCUGCUGGAUCCUGAUGAAGUUUAUCCCGGUCGACCAAUGGCUCGUCGACUUUGACCGCUCCACCGCCGCCAGAAAACUAUUACUGCUGGUAAAGGUUCCGAGCUCGAUCAACCUGCGGCAGAAGCUGAAGAGGGCCCAUCGCCGCGGGCCGAGUGCUGGUGCCGCGGACUUGGAGACGGGGCGGGGGGUGUGGGAGAAGGGAACGGUGUUUUCGUUUGAGCCGCCGCCGAGACAGUGGACGAGUAAGUUGAAGAGAUAUUGA